UUUGGAGUAAGUAGACACACUGCAGUGGUGAUUUGUUGUGCUAACAAUCCAAAACUCUUGCCAAUCCAUAAGGAAGGAGAUGAGGAGGGAUUUCUUUAGUCAGAGAGGAUGGUGAAUCUGUGGAAUUCAUUGCUGUGGAAGCCAAGUCAAUGGAUAUGUUCAAGGCAGAGAUAGAUAGAUUUGUGAUGAAUGAUUAUGGGUGUCAGGGGUUAUGAGGAAAAGGCAGGAGAAUGGGAUUGAGAGGGAGAGGUUGAUCAGCCAUGAUUAAAUGGUGGAGUGGAUUGAAGGGCGGCAAGAUGGUGUGGCAGUACAGUUGCUACAUUACAGGUUCGAUCCUGACUAUGGGUGCUGUCGGUACAAAGUUUGUACGUUCUCCCCGUGUCCGCCUGGGCUUUCUCCGACAUCUUCAGUCUCCUCCCAUACUGCAAAGGCAUACUGGUUUGUAGAUUAAUCAGCUUGGUAUCAAGUUAAAUUGACUCUAGUGUUCGUAGAGAUUGCUUGCCAGUGCGAACUCGUUGGGCCGAAGGGCCUGUUUCUGCGCUGUAUCGCUAAACUAACAAAAAAAAAGUAGACUUGAUGGGCCAAAAGGCCUAAUUCUGCUUCCAUCACCUAUGAACAUAUGAAAGAUCGGCAGAAGUGGGGUGAAGAAUGACAGCUGAUGCCCGCUGAUGCAAACACCAGGAGAUCAUUGGAGCAUCUAUCAGAAUCUGAAACUCCUUUUCUUUUUGCACGGACUUUAAGUGACUUGCUGAUAGACACGAAAUGCUGGAGUACCUCAGGCAGCAUCUCUGGGUAGAAGCAAUGUGUGACGUUUCGGGACGAGACCCUUCUUCAGACUGACUGCUGAGCUUUUCCUACAUUUUCUGCUGUUAUAUCUAAUUUCUAACAUCCUCGGGUUUUUCUAGAACCAAAAACGGCAGAUGCUGGUUCACAUUGUGUCUUGUUUUUAAUCCCCAAAUCUCCACCAGCAGUCAUCCCUUGCCCUGUGUUUCACCACUCUCAGGUCUCCAAUAGAGGGCAGCUUAAACCCACUGUGCUGCAAAACUUUGCAAGUACUUCUCGUUUAUUCCACUGGGCAAUGAAUUUAACCCUCGGGAUGAAACAUGAAAUGGUUAUAUUAUAAAUUGAAGCAACAUGUGCAUUCUGAUUAAAGAAAGAACAGAUGCGAAUGGAAUCUUAUAUAUUAUGGAGCCAACAAACAAGGAACUGCAGAUGCGGCCUUGCAAAGGAAAAGAGACAAAGUGCUGGAGUAACCCAGCAGGUCAGGCGGCAUUUUUUGGAGAACAGGGAUAGGUGACGUUUUCGGUCGGAAUCCUUCUUGGUUUCUUGGUCCUCCAAAAUAUUCCAAAUGGAAUUUAAACUGGAGGUGGUGGAGGGAGGACUUUAGACUGUAUCUGCGAAGUUCUCCAGAGAUGCUGCCUGACCCGUUGAGUUACUCCAGCACAUUGGGUCUUUUUCCAUCACAGAGCUUUCUAACCACAUUGGCUCGCUAAGUAGCACAGAUUCCCAGCAAUAACAAUGAGGAAACGAAACGGAAACUAACUCCUGAUCGGGUUGCAUUUCCUGCAGGAGUGACCGAGCGCUGCGGUUGUGUCUGGUCUCAGACACUGCGAAUCUCAGCAGAGGAAGGCACUGACAACAAGUGUCGGACUAAGAGGGGGGGAAAACGUAAAAGGAAAGAAAUGAGGAACAGCGGAAUACGAAACAAUGCAAAUCCCACAGGAUUUGUCGGGAUACAUAACCAGGGGGCCACAUGCUACCUGAACACGUUGCUUCAGACUUUCUACAUGUCUCCUGAAGUGAAGGAUACUAUCAUCAGAUUAAAUGAACAACGGUUUAAAAAGACCAAUAAGGAAGCCAGCAUCACUUAUCAACUUAAGGAGCUGUUUGCGAAGCUCGAUGCAAGAGAAACACCAAGGACAAAUUUGAUUACAAGAAAUCUAGGCAUGAGCAGAGAUGAUGUUUACAAACAACAAGAUGCAGAAGAAUAUUUCAGACGGUUAGUGAACAAGGUUAGCAAAGAAACUGAAGGGGAGACCUGUAACAUAUUGCAGAUCUUCCAAAGCAAAAUGAUUAAUAGCCAGAUGUGUUUGGAAUGCAAGGUUGAAGCCACAACACAAUGUGAUUUUUUGGAUAUUCCUUUGCCAGUUCGCUCAAAUGAUAGAGGUACCCACAUCCAAAAUGUGAAUGCCGCCUUUCAAGACUUCUUGAAAAGUUCAAUUUUGGAUGGAGAUAACUUGUGUUAUUGUGACAGGUGUGAUAAGAAAACAGAAUUGGAGAUUAGAUACUAUUUUGAAAAGCUGCCACAGAUAUUUGUUCUGCAGUUGAAAAGAUUUGAAAUUGAUCAUUUCACAAUGUCCAUGAAGAAGAUGCACGACAAUAUAGAGAUUCCACUGAAGAUGACAUUUCAGAAGAAGCGGAACAAAAACAAUGACAAAACAGAGUGGUGCCUGAGUUCCUCGGGAUCCAACGAAGCAGUGGAGAGACAACGAUCUUGUUCACCACGAUCUGGAAGAUCUGGAAGAUCUGGAAGAUCUAGAAGUCAUGAAUCUGAAGAAAGCCUGAAAUUACAGAGGAAUAAGAAUUUGCAGGAAUCCAAAGAGGCAAAUUUCUCAAGGCAACAGUCUUUGGGGGGAUUGAAACGAGGCAGAAGCUCAGAACCCAGAGUAAACCCUGAGAAUGACACAACGUACAACCUGUUUGCAAUCUGCAACCACGCUGGAGAGUUUGGUGGUGGCCAUUAUGUUGCUCACAUUAGACCAGAAUCCUCCAGUAAAUGGUACUGCUUUGACGAUUCACAUGUCGCUGAGGUGGAAGACUUUGUUUCUGAAGCAUGCCGUGGCAAUGGGGUGCCCUGCAUAAGAUCAUCGACAGCAUAUUUGUUAAUGUACAGAAAGGAGAAAGCCAACAUCAUGGAAGAAUGUGUUGGGGACACUGAUACAGAUGCUAAAGCUCACAGGAUCAAGACGCAACGACUACAUGAGGUCAACAGAGGCCAACAGAGCGAUGAAACUUUCUAUCCAAAUUUACAAGGUCCUCCAGGCAAGAAUUGUACACGGGCAAAAAACAGAGAUGAAAUGAUGAGAACAAGAGAUGGCAGAAACCAGACUGAAACUGUGGUAGAUAAUAGGGCCAAACCAACUGUAGGUGACAAGUCAGGUGAAAAAAAUAUUAAAAGCAGCAAAGAAACAAGAGCAGAGAACACAAUAAGUCAGAGUAACAACGAAGUGAAAUUAGAACAAGCAGAACUGACCGAUGUAAUAAGUGAAAGGAAUGAUAAUGAAAAUAUUCGAUUGAUACCAAAUCCAGCAAAGGAAACCUGCAUUGAGGUAGAAUCUGGGAAAUCGGUAGAAGAAUUAUCAGUUAUCAACAGCCCAGAAGCAGGCGACUACAUGUGUAACUGUGGAUGUUUCCAGCUUAACUUUGCACCUAUGGUCCAAAGUUUCCGAAAUUUACUGAACUAACUUUUUUGUUUUGCUUCUGUCGGGCAAAUAAUAUCUGAAGGGAAGAUGAAAUUAGUACCAACCAAUUAAGCAAAAUAAAACCCUUUCAUUCAGUUUUCUAAAA